AUAUGGGUGCUCAACUCUUGCAUCUAGAAUGCUCCAGCAGUGCAGCACACCGUUCCUAAUGACGGGAUCAAGCGGCGUCCACCCAAGCAUAAAACCGCCCUCUAAUCUUAACCCACCAGCACUCAUCACCCCGCCCUCCUCAGUUCCUCCUCACCACCUCCGCUUCAUCCCUUCUCCCUCUCCUUCCCGGCUUCCCCUUCCCCCGAGGUGGCCGCCGCGCCCAUGUCCACCGGAGCCCGGACAGACAAGCCCGGCCCCCACUGCGACCGCGAGGCCUAGCAGUGUUAUUGGCUACCCGGGGGGGUGGGGAUGGCGAAGCCGACGCCGGUGGCCAAGGCGGAGGAGACGGCGGCGCUGCGGCGCCGGCUGCGGCGGCUAGUGGCCGCGGUCGCCGCUGGGAGCGCGGACGCGGAGGCCUUCGACGAGACGGCGGAGGCACUGGCCGCGCUCAGGGACGCCGAGCUCGGCCACCGCAAGGAUCGCGCCGGCGGCGGCGCGGUUGGAGGGAGGAGUGCCGCCUCGGAGACCGUUGUGCCGGAGCAGUUUUUGUGCCCGAUCUCCUCGGAGAUCAUGAGGGAUCCCGUCGUCCUCGCGUCCGGCCAGACGUAUGAUCGUCGCUUCAUUCAAGAAUGGUUAAGUGCUGGAAACCGGACAUGUCCACAGACUCAGCAAGUCCUUUCAUAUACAAUUCUCAUCCCGAACCACCUUGUUAGAAGCAUGAUCUCACAGUGGUGCACUGAGAAUGGGAUGACUCUGCCACAAGUUGAGCACCAAGAAGAUCUGGUCACGAACAAUGAACGGAAGACAUUCAGUAAAAUAUUUGACAGGAUUAAAUCUCCAUCAGACCUAUGUGAGCAGAGGAAAGCUAUUAAAGAUCUCAGGCUGCUGACUAAGUGCAACAGCUCAUUACGAGCAGCCAUUGGAGAGAAACCGGAUUCAAUCUCACAAAUGAUUUCUGUUGUAUCCAACACAGAGCUAGAGAACAAUGCAGAAGUUCUGGAAGAUAUGGUGACAACAAUUCUUAAUCUUUCGAUUCAUGAGAGCAACAAGAAGAUCAUUGGAGAUGACCCAUUAGCAAUCCCGUUCCUAAUAAGGGCCUUACAGUCAGGAACCAUGGAGGCCUGCAGCAACGCAGCAGCUGCCAUCUUCAGUUUGUCUGCUCUUAACAACAACAAGGCGAAGAUUGGUGAACUAGGCGCAAUGAGACCUCUGGUGGAUCUCCUCGAACAUGGCAACAUGAUAGCAAAGAAAGACGCGGCGUCAGCUAUCUUCAAUCUCUGCAUGCUGCACGAGAACAAGUCAAGAGCCACCAAAAGCGGAGUCAUUGACGUGACGCUGAAGGCCAUCGGCGACGAGUCGCUCGUUGACGAAUCCUUGGCCAUCCUUGCUCUGCUGUCGAGCGAUCACGAGACGGUGGAGGAGAUCGGCGAGACUGGCGGCGUGGCCUCCAUGCUCUGCGUCAUAAAGGAGGACCAGUGCAAGCGCAACAAGGAGAAUGCGGUAGCGGUCCUCUUCUCGAUCUGCAUGUACGACCGCACGAAGCUGCGGGAGGUCACGGAGGACGAGAACCUGAAUGGCUCCCUGGCCUGGCUCGCGCAGAACGGCACCUCGAGGGCGAGGCGGAAGGCCGCCGGGAUCCUCGACAAGAUGAAGAGGACCAUGCACAACACGCAUUACUCCUGCUAGUGCCCGCCACAGCUAGGAGAAUAAGGGAGGGGAGUGUUGCUUCGCUGUAUAUAUUCAGCUGCAUAUAUAGCUACUCUUUUGUUUGGUACAUAUGGGAUUACAGUUUCGGUCUUUCGGAGUAAGUAGCGGAGGUGCUGGUUUUUUCUCUGAAAACGUUCGCAUUCAUCUUCA